AUGUUACUACAAAGAAGUCUAUUAAUUGUUGACGCAAUUUGUCUCGUCUCAAUCGUCGUUUGUCUCGCAUUUCUACCAGCUGAAAGAUGUGCAACAUUUGAGCAUCAGGAAACCACAUUGUUGGCAGAUGAGAAGUGUCAAACACAUCCAGCUGCGCAUUUGGAGGAUUUGAAUCAUUUGACGACGGUUUGUCAUCGAAUGAGUUGGUCGCACUAUGCGUUUUGGAGAAAUAUGUGUGAGUUUUGAGUGGAACUUGCCACGUCAUAACUCAUUUUAAACAAUUCCAAUUUUCUAGGCGUCCUCAUUCUACCAGCAAUUUGUUGCACAAUCCUCAUCCUCUUCAUUUUCAUUGAAAUGUUUGAUCUUGAUACAUAUUUCGGAAGAAUCAAAAACAGUUGGAUCAUUCUUUUUUCGAUCUUCACAAUUGUCUAUACAUUUACCGUAAUCAUAUUUGAACAAUAUCGUGUUCAUAAAACUUGGAAUAUUAAAUUGGGAGCCAGUGAGCCGAUUAAUUUGCAAUCACCCGAUACUUGGUGGUAUAGUUUGUUGAUGUGUGUUUUGUCGGCGUUGUUUAAGAUUGCCAGAAUUGUUGUUCAACACUAUUUUGGAGAUGUGCGUUGGAUUUUUUUCAGGUUCUAGGCUUAAAAUUCAUCAUUUUUUUCAGAAAAAAAUGCGCUUUGAUGAGGACACUUCUUCAAGAAAUAAAAAUAGCCACAGAUCAUUUAAUCAAUGA